AUGACUGCUUACUGUAGCAAGCCCACCACUAUUAGAGAUGAAGGAGUCCUAGAAUCUGUUGAGCAUGUGCACGAAAUGUGGGACAUAGAAGUGGCUGCCGGAACAUGUCCAAUGGACAUUUUAGUCUGUCGACUAAGCCAAGGAGGCGUUGUAGCCAUAGCAAGUGUUCUCUACCCCAAGACUUUAGGUGGUUGUGUUGUUUUCGGUGGUUCAGUUCCUCUAAGCAAAUCAUUUGCUGACAGGGUGACAUCUGAAGCGAAAAGGACAUCACUUUUAUGGUUCCAUGGGAUGACCGACGAUGUGGUACUGUUUGAAGCCUGGCACGCCGGGUGUGCAUUUUUCCAAGAGCUUGGCAUGUCCUGCAAAUUCAUGGUGGUACACAAACAUGGUUGA